CUGAUACGAAAAACUACGUUUCACUGCCAAGUUCACAAGUGUCUAGCGAGGCAACGAUUUCAGGUUACAAGCGAUACAAACGCUACGCUCGUUGAUGGUGAGGCCACUAUUGAGGAGAUCAAUCAGGUCGAAGGUGUUGCCGAGUAUCUUUUCCAAGGAGACAUCAAUCUUACAGAGGAACAAAUGGGUUGGCUUGAAGAUAGUAUGGAGCAGAAGGAGAACGUUACACGCCAUAAGCGUCAAGUAGACCGUGGAGCUCGUCGAUGGGCAAAUAAUCGACUCUUCUAUUUCUUUGAUAGUACUGUCGGUGCUAAAACGAAAGCGGUUGUCAAGGAUGCGCUGACUUUCAUUCGUGAUCGUACCUGCAUUGACUUCACGGAAAGUUCAGUAGCUACGAAUCGAGUGCGGGUAUUUAGUGGUGCUGGCUGCUUCGCCACAAUCGGAAUGGCAGGCGGGGAGCAAUCACUCUCACUGGGAAGAGGAUGCGAAUUGAUCGGAAUCGCCGCGCACGAAUUUGCUCACGCCCUCGGCGUGUGGCACACUCAAAUGCGCGAUGAUCGGGACUCUUUUCUACGGGUGGAUCUGUCGUCGGUACCGCCGAACCUGUUGCACAACUACGUCAAACUUCCAGCGAGCCGCAUAAUCAACUACACACCGUACGAAUACGGCAGUUAUAUGCACUACGACUCCAAAUCGUUUUCCACAAGAGGUGACUCACUGAUUCCGUUGGACGCAACCUAUCUUCGUACCCUUGGAUCUCGAAUAAUAUCCUUUUAUGACAUCAAAAUGCUCAAUGAUCACUACGGAUGCAAUGGUGAGCUGGAACAUGUUUGUAUUGAAAAGGCUAUUCAUUUCAUAGUCGUCUAA